AUGCUGAUUUCAAGAGACGAGGUAGGGUACCCAAUCAUUGGUUACAAUGUUAUGGAAGAGAUGAUCAGGAAUAAGGGACAAGGAAGGGGCAAGGGAGCAAUUGUCGACAUUAUGAGUUUUGCCUUGGUGGAUGUGAAUGUGGAGAGUGUUAGUUAAUUGGUGGAGUUUGUGCAAGGUCAAGUUAAAGAAAGCUUGUGUUUUUGAGGAGUGGUAAACAGUCUAACAGUACCAGAGGGACAGACGGUGGCGGUUCUCUGUUAUGUCAGUUGUGGCCCACUAGAGAGAAGAACAUCGGCGGUAUUUGAGCCAACCCCAGAUGAAGCCUGGCAUGUUGACUUAGAAGUCCCAGAGCAACUGCUCACCUUGCCACGAGGGAUACCCAACAGAGUGAACAUUGCAGUUCGUAACCCACCAGGCGUAACGUAGUUCUUGGUAGACGUAGUUCUUGGUCUUAGUCCUUACACCAAUGGAAGUGGUUAGGAAAGAUUAAAGCCAGAGAAUUAGUAGUGUCCAGAAAAGUUCUCUCAGGAGAGUCAUGUUGGUGACAUUAGUAAUGACCAAAAGAGAGACGAGACGUCUUUAAAGACGCCACAAGUGAAACUAGGUGACCUUACUGACAGCCAGUCAAAGAUAGCGAUGGAAAUGAUGACUGACGAAGCCGAAUCAUUUGCUCAGAAUGAUGAUGAUGUAGGAUGUAUUGAGGGACUACAAUUGAAUUUAGAACUAUCAGGCACCUCUCCAGUUCAGAAGAUGUGUACUUCUAUACUCCGCCCGAUGUAUGCAGAAGUCAAGCAUUACAUUGAAGACUUGAUUACGUGCUCGGUACUCCUCACCCGUUGCAUGUGA